AUGAUGGGAAAAAAGGUGGGGCACUGUAACAAUAAUUUGCCAAGACUGAGAUCGAAGCAGUUGGAGGAGUCUGAUGAUGAUGAUAUUAUCAUUCUUAAUGAUGAAGAUGUUGAGUUUUUACAGGAUGAUAGAGCUAUAGGCAAGGAUUGUGAAAUCUUCAUUGUUGACCAUGAUAUCAAUCAAAGCACUGAUGAAGACACUCACAUGCACAAUCAAAGACCUAGAAAGGUUAUGCAAAGAUGUUGCAGUGGAGGGACAACAGAAGUGAGUAGAAUCACGCACAAUGUCCCUCCUGAAGUCAAGCCCCAUCAUAAGGUCAACCCCAGGACCUCUUACCACACAUGUGUCCCACCAGGACACACUGAAGGUACAACUGAGCCCAUCUCAGAUGACUCAAUGGUUCAGGUGUCAGGAACAAUACAGGGAGGUGCUCCAUAUGGACCAACUAAUGAAGAGACCAAGACCUGGUUCGAGAAAUGGAUGCAACAGGAUUGA